CAUAUUAAUUAACCAGAGUGUAACAGUGGCUGUUGAACCAGCCCAGAUGAGCGCCUCUCUGCAGCGCUAGGGCUGGACGUACUGCGCAUGCUCCAACUUAAUACGAACGCUGCUGCUCGUCUCAAGACAUCUCCCGUGCAGUAACCAUCAUGGACAGUUUAAAAAAAGUGGCCUAGUUGUCCUGCCUGAGGUGGACGCACUGUAAGGUUUCUAAAACCCCGGAACAUUUAUCGUCUCUUCCCACACAGUCCUGUGAGUUUCCAGCACCAUGGCUGAACUAAACUAUGGCAGCUUUGUGGACUGGAACCAGAUGGGGGACCAGGCCAAAAGCAGCGGGCCCACCAAGGUAGACUGUAAAGACCUGAAAGAGUUCAAACAGAUGGCUCGACAGGGUUACUGGGCCAAAAACCACAGUCUACGCGCACAGGUCUACCAGCAGCUCAUCAAAGCCAUUCCCUGCCGCACAGUCACCCCAGAUGCAGAAGUAUAUCGUGACAUUAUGGGAAAUGCAACCACUAAGAAGCGCUCCUCUCAAAUCCCACUGCCCGAGUUUGUUGAUGGAAGUCCUGUGCCGCAGUAUUGCCUGAAGACGGAGGCGGUAGCUUCAGCCCAUCGCAUCAUCAACUGCCUGGCGGGACAGUUUCCAGACAUCUCCUACUGCCCAUCGCUUCCAGCACUCACUUCUUUGCUCCUACACUUCAGUGUAGAUGAAGCGCAGUGUUUUGAGCACAUCAGCCGCAUAUUGGCCUGCAAUGAACCUGGCAAGAGACUGCUGGACCAGACUUUCCUGGCCUACGAGUCUAGCUGCAUUACCUUUGGCGACCUGGCCAACAAAUACUGCACAGCUGCCCACAAAUUGAUUGUAGCUACGUCCCAGGAUGUGCUGGAAGUCUACGCCGACUGGCAGCGCUGGGUUCUUGGUGACCUGCCCUUCGGCCACGUGGUCCGGGUCCUGGACGUCUACCUGGUGGAGGGCUAUAAAAUUCUCUACCGCGUGGCUGUAGCGCUGCUGAAGUUCUACCGCAAGCAUAAAGCAGCAGCUCAGGGGGGGCAGGACAGCCAGCAGCAGGAUUCAGGCAAAGUCAAGGCGGACAUUCAGGCUUUCAUCAGGGGCAUUGGUUCCACCGUCACACCUGACAAGCUGCUAGAGAAAGCCUUCUCCAUCCGCUUGUUUAGCCGUAAGGAAAUCAACCUGCUGCAGCUCACCAACGAGAAGUCCCUGCACCAGAAGGGAAUCACUGUGAAACAGAAGCGGCAGAACGUACAGCUGGCCCUUAACCCUGACACCUUCUCCUCUGAGAUAGUUAGUGCCAAGGAGAUGCGGGACAUCUGGUCGUGGAUUCCUGAGCGCUUCGCUCUGUGCCAACCCCAACUCCUCUUCACCACGUCCACCCACGGCUGCAGUCUGAAUCGGUUUUAUUCUCAUUGUGAAGGCCACGAACCCACUCUACUCCUCAUCCGAACCACGGACGGCGACGUAUGUGGAGCCUUCUUGUCCACAGACUGGGAGGAAAGAAAGAGAAACGGCAACAAACUAAGCUUCUUUGGAACAGGGGAGUGCUUUGUCUUCAGGCUGAAGCCAGAGAUGGAGCGCUAUGAGUGGGUGGUGAUCCGCCACCCUGAGCUCGCGUCCUCCAUCAAGACCCAGGAUCAGGAGGACAAAACCUCACCUGAGGACAAAGCCCCUGACAACAACAGCGUACUGCAGCUGGACAAAGGUGGCAGCAACCUGUCUCCAUUCCUCUCCGCCCACCACUUCAAGCUUAACUCUAAGAAUACAUCAAUGUUCAUGGCUGGAAACUUUGAUUCCAUCAUAGUGGGGGGAGGUGAUGGCAAUGCUCUGUACAUUGACUCAGACCUGAACCAUGGCCGCACUGGCAGCUGCACCACCUUUGACAACCCACCCUUGUGUGCAGAGACCUUCCAGGUUGGACUGCUGGAAGUGUGGGGCUUCCAGGAUAUCAUGACGUCGUAAUAACGUAUGCAUAAACACAUACGAUAACACUACACAUGUAAAUACAUAAACACACACACACGCUUCAGCAUUACAUUUCUUACCUUAAAAUUUUAAGUGGACACCCAUCAUCAGUAAGUCCAGAGAAAAAAUUGUAAUAUGCAAGUAAAAAAACAUCCGUCCCACAAAGCGCUUUGUUUUGAUUUUUUAUUUAUUUAUGCACUUGUUCCAAAUUUUAAGAUGUUUUCUGUUUAUUUUUAUAUUAACAAUUUUAGGUAAUUGCAUAUUGUUAAUGUAGUUUGGUAACAGGAAGGAUCUAAUGUGUAAAUUUAAAUCCAUAUGAGAUUCAACGAGAGGGUUUAUGUCCACUGUUGCGUGUUAAUGCUAAGCUAAAGCGUUUAGAUUUCUGAAUGUAAAUUCAGCACUUUACAUGGUUUAGCUCCUGCCAAAUUGACUUUACAGCUAGAUCUGUAGUCGCUGAACAUGUUUAAUUUAUAAUGCCAAUGUUGAUCAAGUGAAGUUUGUAAGGUGCGUGAAGUCGAGGUCUCCUUCUGUGAUAAGUGUUUUUAAAUGCUGUAAGUACAAAGUUAGGUUGUAGUGAGGUUCAUCGGGUCAUCCAGAUGUUUGGUGAGGUACCUUUCCUUUGUGCUACAUAUGUGGAAGUCUGUAUGUGAUGUUUGUGUUGCCAUUUUCACCAUAUAGGAAGCUUUUGUUUGAAUGAGUAGCACUUCUUGUUUUAUAUAGUGUACAAGUAUUAAUGUGAAUAACAGCACAAACCGUUUUCCAAGAAGAAAACUCAAGGUGUCUUGGUUUACAAGAAAUGAGGAUACAUGUUUUUUCAGGUAUUUCAUCCAUUUUGUGUCUCUGUGUCCAUUUUGCCAUUAUUUGCCUCUUUCCAGUGAUUGUAAUGAAAAAAAAAGUCCAAAAUCAGUCUCGUAUUCCUAAAGUAUGCUUAGCUUUGUGUGCAGGGUUGAACAUGUGCUUCAGUAAAACAUGAAUAACUGCAAAUGUAUGUAACUACAUGUCAAAAUACAGCAAUACACUUUGA